UAGCCAGCUCGACGGCUAAAUGAAGCGGCUCCCGUCGCUCUUACGCGUUUGCGCCGGCCCGCGGGUUAUAGAAAGACGGCGAACAUCCACAAAUCUUUGAACGCGAUUAGAAGAUCUGGCCUGUCCAUGCAUGCGUUGGAGGGAUAUGAACGCACCGCUCACAGGACUUCAGCUGGGCUGUGCUGCUGCCGGACUGCCACAAAUGUGAAUGAGGAAAGUCUCUAGGGCUGAAUGACAUUUGGUUUGUUUUUUAUUUGGAAUUAGCAGUUUGCGUUAGCUCUUCACGUCAGGAAUAUGGAUGAAGAUAGUAAAGUACCUGAAGAUCUCUCUGUUGAAGAAAGAGAUGAGCUGUCCAACAUUCGUCGAAGGAAAAAAGAAUUGCUUGAUGACAUCGAACGUUUGAAGUGUGAAAUAGCUGAAGUGAUGACAGAGAUUGAGCAGCUAACAUGCGUGGGAGAGUGCAAAACCACACAAAGGAAUAAGCAGAUUGCUAUUGGAAGAAAAAAGUUCAAUAUGGAUCCUGAAAAGGGAAUCAGGUUUCUUUUGGACAAUGACCUUUUACAACACACACCUGAGGACAUCGCACAGUUCCUGUACAAAGGCGAGGGCUUGAAUAAGACAGUCAUCGGGGACUACUUAGGGGAAAGGGACGACUUCAACAUCAAGGUUCUGCAGGCCUUUGUGGAGCUUCAUGAGUUUGCAGACCUCAACCUGGUGCAAGCCCUAAGGCAGUUUCUGUGGAGCUUCAGACUUCCGGGCGAGGCGCAGAAGAUCGAUCGGAUGAUGGAGGCUUUUGCAUCCCGAUACUGCCAGUGCAACCCUGGCGUUUUUCAGUCCUCAGACACAUGUUACGUCCUGUCAUUCGCCAUCAUCAUGCUUAACACCAGCCUGCAUAACCCCAAUGUCAGGGACAAGCCCUCGGCCGAGAGAUUCAUCUCCAUGAACCGAGGCAUCAACGAGGGGGGUGACCUGCCGGAGGAGCUGCUCACGAACUUGUAUGAAAGCAUUAAAAACGAGCCAUUCAAAAUCCCUGAAGAUGACGGCAAUGACCUGACGCACACGUUCUUCAACCCGGAUAGGGAAGGGUGGCUGCUGAAGUUAGGAGGGAGGGUGAAGACAUGGAAAAGAAGGUGGUUCAUCCUCACUGACAACUGCUUGUACUACUUUGAAUAUACGACGGAUAAGGAACCCCGAGGAAUCAUUCCGUUAGAGAACCUGAGCAUAAGAGAGGUGGAUGAGCCAAGAAAACCAAACUGUUUUGAGCUCUACAACCCGAGCCACAAAGGCCAAGUGAUCAAGGCAUGCAAAACAGAGGCGGACGGCAGGGUUGUGGAGGGGAACCACGUGGUGUACAGAAUCUCAGCCCCCACCCCCGAGGAAAAGGAAGAGUGGAUCAAAUGCAUCAAGGCCAGCAUCAGCAGGGACCCUUUCUAUGAAAUGCUGGCGACCAGAAAGCGGAGGGUGGCCACCAAGAAAUGAAAGUGGGGUGUCUGCCGCCAGAGCAGACACCCCAGAACCAGCAUCUACUGGCUGCUCAUCUACAAUGGAGGCUUUCUCUCUAGAAGACCCCCCUGCAUAACCACAGGGGUUUAGCUGUGGGCGAAAGAUUAACGUCAGCCAAGACAAGACUCUCUGUAGUAAGAGACGUCCAUGGCUGGUGCAAACCUUUGAUGUGAUCAUCUGCAGAUAACCAGGAGAGUUUGGCUUUUUCUUGUGUAAAAUGAUAUGCUGAAAUGGAUAAUAGGCCUUUAAUUCAUUGUGUGCUGGUUAGAUUUACUUGUGUUUUAGGAAAGUGUGAUUGUAAGCUAGUCCCUCUACUCACUACACUAAUCAAACCUUGCGAGCUCAGCACCAGACAAGUAUAGGACAAAACUGAACCAUGUCGGCAAUGCAGAGGACAGUCACGACUAUGCUGCCCUCUACUGGUAAUUACAUUUUACCCCUAAUCCUCUAUUAACUUGAGAACACCCUCUUUACACAUCAGUUUUAUUACAGACUGUAUUUGAUCACUUCAAAACUGACCUCUUAACCACUGAUGUACUGUUCUCUCAGCAUACCUAAUGAGAUGUUGAUUGCUGUGGAAACUGGUCAAAACAGCUGAACUAGGCCAAAACCUGUCAGUACCUCAUAAUGAGCAACUACCUAUGCCUGCCCAAGCAGGUAUUGUAAGUACAGGUUUAAGUAGGGACGCUGGGUGAGGCAGUGACGUUGGAGCCAUUCUAAAAGCCUAUGACUGAUACAAACCAUAAAAAUCAGUUUAUUAGGUGGGGCCCAAUGUUCUAUUUUUUCAAGAUCCCCAGCUCCCUGGGUUUAAGCAAGAACUGGAAACUGCUGCCAGACUAACCAGAAACAAGGUGUUUUUUUCUCCUCACAGUAAUCCCUUUAUUGUUGUUUAUUCUAAAAUUAUCUAUUACAUUACUUUAUGAUCAUAACUUCUCAUUUAAAUCAGCAGGACUGGUUGUGUAGAGAUCAUGGAUAUGUAAAGUUAUAGAAUUGAGUAAAUUAUCAAUGAAAUUGCAUAUUUACACUCAGCCUUUAAUGGUCAGAUUGCAUUCUGAUGUUCCUUCAAUAAUUAAGAUGUCUUAUGUCCACUGUGCAUUGAGGAACCAAGUUAUUGCUUAAGUAACAUGCUAUUAUACUUUGUUGUAUGUUUAAAAAAAACUUAAGUUAUAUGAGCAUAUGGAAGUAUUUCUUUUCUGUCUUGUCUUUACCCCCAUGUGCCUUAAAGAUUCUAUCAAACUUUAUGUAACUUUAAUACUGUAAGAUCUUUUUUGUAGCUUUCCAAAAUGUAUACCAGCUUGACAAAACCCAAGGACACCAACAGCUGUAAGGCCAGACUAAUGCCAUCUCUGACCUCAGUUACCAUCAGUCCACAUUCCACUGAAAGAAAAAUAUUUGCACUUCAGCAUAAGGCCAAAUGUUUAUAUGGAAAGCUAGAUGUUGAAAUGUUUAUAACUGUAACUCUUAGAAAGCCAACAUUCAAUUUAGUUUCACUGGCCUUGAAAAGCUGAGGCAACAGAAAGCUUGGAAAA